AACUGUCAGACAACGUUACAUAUGUCAUUAUUCAGCAUGGAGAACAAGAUGCUCAGGACGGCUGCUUGUUUGGCACUGGUUUUUACAGGUGUGUGUGUGGGUGAGGGAAUCUUACCCCCGGGGCCCAUGAGUGGAGCUGUAGCGGGCACAACGAAGUUCACCACCACCCUCAGUCCUCCUGGGAGUCCAUUCCUCCUGGUCAGCUGGAGCUUCAAAGAGGUGAACAUCAUCACCUUCACCAGCACCAACAUCACUGAGCCUGGAUAUGUCAACAGGAUCUCUUUAGACCAAGCCACGGGGGGCCUGGAGCUCAGGAACCUGGUGCUGGAGGACAGCGGGGAGUACACAGUCACCAUCACACUGGACGGAGGACAGCAGAAACAGGGCAAGACCACACUGAAUGUGUAUGCGCUGAUAACCGGAGCCACCAUCCAAACCCCCGCAGCCAUCUUAAUAGAAGACAAAAGCUCCACCAACCUCAGCUGCGAGGCCUCCGGGUUCAUCAGCACCAGAGUUUGGAUGAAGGAUGGCCAGCUGCUCCAACAGAGUGGCAGAGUCAGUUUCUCAACAGACAACAGGACGGUGUUCGUGCAACCUGUUCACAGCUCCAGCCACGGCACCUACCAGUGUCAAGUCAGCAACCCAGUCAGCACCAUGACCGCAGCCUAUAAUCUCACUGUUAACUUUGGUCCACAUAACAUAUCAAUUCGUGGACCUUCAUCAGCAGCCCCUGGCCAGAGAGUGACACUGCAGUGCACAGCUGACUCUGUCCCAACAGCAAAAUUCAGCUGGAUAUUCAACGGCAAUGAGACACAUGUUAAUAACUCCAUGUACAUCAUAGAGAGGUUGGAGGCAGAACACAUUGGGAAUUACACCUGCACUGCCAGAAAUAUGGUGACCAUGCUGGAAAACUCCACAGUUCUGAAUCUGAGAGCAUCCUGCGCUGCUCCCUGCUGGUCGUUUUUACUGAUGCUGAUCAGUGCGCUGACUCUGAGAGAGUUAAUGUAAGAGGAAGUGGCAGAUUCUUUCUUCCCUGGUGCAUUUAACUGCUCAUAACUGAGGACUCCUAAAAUCAAUAAAAAUGUGCUGUACAUGAAAUGUUAUUUUGACUUAACAGAUGCCAGAACUUAUUACUGAGACAAAGUGGAAACUCUCACAUUGAAAAUAAACAAUUAUCUUUCUUGUUAAUUAAAUAGACUUUUAGAGAUGUAAGAGUGCAAACGUCUGUGUGUCCACAUUUGGUACCACAAAUAAUAGCCCCAUAAAUUCCCUAUUCUGCUGUUACUUAUACUGCAAAAAUAUUCACCAGUUUUAAAACCAAAAUAAAAAAAGAGAAGUCUUCUGGGAUUAUUUUGGAAGAAGCUAAACACCUUUUCUUAAACAAAACACAUCAUGAACAACACUUGGAUUUAAGUGCAUCAGAGUUUGUGUAUUUAAAAGGUGGGGUUAUAAUAUGCAGACAUAAUUGUUCCAUGUCAUUUUUUUUUCUGGUAUAUGAAAAUGUAUAAAAGGCAUAUUUGCAUCUUGUAUUAUUCUAAAUUAUUUAUAUAUAAGUACAUAAUUUGCUAAGCAACGUAUGAUAAUCUUGCUGAAAAUGUGAUUGUGUACAUUUACAAGAUGCAGCAAAGCUUAAGUUUGUGGCAAAUAUAAUU